CGCCUCGCCUAUCGUAACGCCCUGUGUUUCAUUUGAACGUGAUUCGUUGGCCCCUGCUUACUCGCGGUGCUCACAUUUCACGUGUAAAGCGAAACGCCACGUUGGCUCUGACAUCGUUUCCCCAAUGCUCAGAAGCCUAGGGACCGUCCAUUGAUUACAUCACGCACUUUUGGACUCUUCUUGGCGGAGCCACCUUAGGGGUCAGAACUUCUCACCGUAGUGUGGUGAGACUCAAAUUUUCACCUCUGUAGCGGUGAGAAUCGAAAUUCUCGCGUCAUUAGCAGCGAGAGUCAGAAUUCUCGCCAUGAAGAGGUGAGGUGACAUUUGACGGAGACGGAAUGCAGCGUGUCUCUACCGAGGUGGAGGUGUCGGUUCCUUCGGGCGUGCUGAAAGAUUGCAAGAGGUCGCGGUCCAACGUGGUGAACCCAGUGGCCGUCUCCGUGGAUGGGCUCCAGCUCGAGGUGUCAGUGAAUAUCAAGCGAGAUGAUGAAAAGAAGCUGACCAUCACACUGGACCUUACUGGCGUCCCAGUUCCUAAUGAAGUUCUCGUGGAUGGCGAUGUGCUAAAAUAUGUAAAGCCGCGGAAGGACGACGAGUCGUCGGAGUCGGAGGAGGACUCGUACGACACGGAGGACGACGUGCCCGGCGCCAAGCGGAAGGUGCGCAAGUUCUCGGUGAAGCAGACGGGCAACGGACGCCUGGUCCGCAUGCUGCUCUCGGACGCGUACGCCGUCACGGCCAGGCUGACGGUGACGCACGUGCGGUCGCUGGGCGCGUGCCUCCACGUGGUGCGCGGCAUGGGCGAGCUGUGCGAUGUGGUGCUGCGCGCCGCCGGCAGGGACUUCCCCGCCCACAAGGUGGUGCUGAGCGCGGCCAGCCCCGUGUUCCUCCGCAUGUUCACGGGUGACUUCGUGGAGGGGCCCGGUGGCGCUGGGGAGGGGAGCGCCACGGCCACGGCGAGUCAGGCUCGUGUCGUCGAAAUCAAGGAAGUGUUCUCCGCCGCUGCCUUCGAGAAGUUGCUCGAGUUUCUGUACACCGGCAGCGUCGCCGACUUCAGCGACCUGGAAGUGGAGCUGCUGGGGCUGGCCGACCGGUACAUCGUGGAGAAACUGCGAGAGGCGUGCAUCGAGCGGCUGAUGGAGGUGGACAAGGAGAGGGUGGUGGCCACGCUGCGGGCCGCGGUGGAGUGGCCGUUCGUGCCGAAGGAGGUCCGUCUGGAGACCACCAGGGCGCUGCUCAACGACUGGGAGGAGCUGACCGCCACCGCCGCGUGGAAGGCCUUCCGGACCGCGCACCCCGUGGCUGCCGCGCUGCUGGGCGACGCCUGGGAGGUCUACGAGAACUAGAUUGCCUUUUCUCACUUUUUUGGUGACCUUUUCUGCAUCAGC